AUGACGCUCCGCAUCACGACAUGGAACGUUAACGGGAUCCGCAACCCCUUUGGCUACCAGCCAUGGCGGGACAAACGCACCUUCGACGGCAUGUUCGACAUCCUCGAAGCCGAUAUCGUCAUCAUGCAAGAGCUGAAGAUCCAACGGAAGGACCUCCGGGACGAUAUGGUGCUCGUGCCGGGCUGGGACUGCUACUUCAGUCUGCCGAAGCACAAGAAAGCAGGAUACUCCGGCGUCGGCAUCUACACCCGGCAAUCCGUCUGCGCGCCCAUCCAUGCCGAAGAAGGCAUCCUGGGUGUUCUCUGCCCCCCUGACUCCUCAAUCCCCUGGCGCUCACACCUCCAAGACCAAUGCAUCGGCGGCUACCCUUCAGACGCUCAGAUCGCAUCCCUGGGCGUGGACCCCGCAGUCCUCGAUGCAGAAGGCCGCUGCGUGGCCCUCGAGUUCCCAGCCUUCGUCCUCUUCGGCGUCUACAGCCCGGCCAACAGCAACGGCCUGCGCGACGACUUCCGGUAUGCCUUCCUCAGCGCGUUGGACAUGAGGAUCCGAAACCUGGAGAAGAUGGGGAAGAGAGUCGUCUUGACAGGAGACCUGAACGUCUCGCGUGCGGAAAUCGACACCGCGAACGCGGAGGAGACGAUGCGGAAAGAGGGCAUAUUGCACGAGGACUACAUCUCCACGCCCAACCGCCGCAUCUUCAACCAGCUGCUCGAGGGCGGAGAGGUGGUUGGGCCGAGGGAUGAGGGCAGGGAGAAGCCGGUGCUGUGGGAUGUGUGCAGGGGGUUUCAUGAGGGUAGGAAGGGUAUGUAUACGCAUUGGGAGCAGAAGAUCAAUGCGAGGCCGGGGAACUUUGGGUCUAGGAUUGAUUACGUCCUCGCGAGCAUCGAGAUGAAGAGCUGGUUCUGCGAGUCGGACAUCCAGGAAGGGCUGAUGGGCUCGGAUCAUUGCCCGGUGUAUGCCGUUAUCAAGGAACAUGUCAAUUAUGAGGGUGAGGAGGUCAACAUACGAGACAUCAUGAAUCCGCCAGGCAUGUUUAAGAAUGGGAAGAGGUUGAUCGAGCAUACUAUGAAGAUCCUCCCCGCCUUCUCAGGCAGGCUGCUUCCCGAGUUCGACAAGCGGCGCAGCAUCAGAGACAUGUUCGCUCCGAAAGCGUCACCACGACCGUCGCGCAGCACCCCGAACAGCAUUGUAUCCUCGGCCGAAGACCUCGGAGGCUCAUUCCAGUCUUCAGCACUAGAGUCCUCAGGGAUGCCAGCAGCUGAGCCAGGGGUUCCGCCAGUAAACGCAAUGACACCGAACGGAGUCUCACCCAUCGCGAAAGCGAGCAAAAAGCGCCCCGCCGAGGCCGUUCCCACGAAGCAAGCCAAGCGCAUUAAAUCCACCACGAUCUCUGGUGUACCGGCAGCAUCCCAGGGCCAGAAAACACUGACAGGCUUCUUCAGGCCAAAGAGCCUACCGGCGACGCCACCCCCUGCCACUGACACACCGACAGCAGACCGCGCACUCCAAGACGCCGCCUCAGACAACGCACUCGCCAUCAGCGCACAUCCCAUGAACGGCGGCGCAGAUCCCACAUCCCCCGUACAGCCCCUCGCAUCCGCCUCCAGCGCACAGCUCAGCCCGGUCGCAGCCGCCGCCGCCAAUUCGAAGACCAACACCCCGCCCCUCUCCCUCCACUCUCCAUCAUCGACGAACCCCCAACCCCAGCCAGACGCAGCGUCCAACGACAGCGUCAUCGAUCCGAUUGUCUCGAAGGAAUCUUGGAACAAGCUCUUCACGAAGCCGAGCCCGCCCCGCUGCGAGGGACACGGCGAGCCGUGCCUGAGGAUGGUGACGAAGAAAGCGGGGUUUAAUUGCGGACGGGCGUUCUGGAUUUGCGCGAGACCACUCGGCUCAACGGGGAACAAAGAAAAGGGCACCCAGUGGCGCUGCACGACCUUCAUCUGGGCCAGCGACUGGAACGGCGGCGGCUGA